AUGCCUCGACGAAAAGAACCACGAGUUCGUCCACCACCGACUCCCCGAACUAACAGGAGAAGUGCUCCAGAGAUAACUCAAACAACAGAUGAAACUCCAGACCCUGAAGAAGCCCCAAGUGCUACAAAUAACCACCAAAAUUUCCAGAUGGAUCCCACUACGAUGCAAAACAUGCUUGCACAAUGGAUUGCUACGGCCUUGGCGACUUAUGAGGCUGCUCGAAACGGGAAUACUAGAAAUAGCGAAAGUGGUACUCCUGUAGUUUCCCAAAGAAAUCCCAAACACUGCUCAUACAAUGAAUUCAUGGGUUGUAAACCCCGAUUCUUCUACGGAACUGAAGGAGUUGUUGGUCUAUCCCGAUGGAUAGAAAAGAUUGAAGCUGUCUUUCACAUUAGCUCUUGCUCGGAUGACUGCAGGGUUAAGUACGCUACUUGCACACUGAUGGAUGCUGCCUUAACUUGGUGGAACAACCAUGCCAAGACCGUGGGAGUUGCGGAAGCCUAUGCCAUGGGAUGGGAACAACUAAAACUAAUGAUGACUAAGGUGUAUUGCCCACGACAGGAGAUUCAGGCAUUAGAACAAGAACUCUGGAACCUAACCAUGCAAGGAUCAGAGGUAGCCGCUUAUACCUCCCGAUUCGAAGACCUUGCAACUCUUUGUCCCGGAAUGGUGCCUUCAGAAGACAAGAAGACGGAGAGAUACAUUUGGGGAUUAGCAUCGCCAGUCCAAGGUCUGAUUACUGCAUCCAGACCCUCAACUUUUGACAGUGCUAAGCAACUGGCUUAUGAGUUAACUGAACAAUGUAUCCGACGAGGCACCAUGGCCCCCGCAAAAGAAAAGAACCAAACUGGGAAUUCUAAGAGGAAGUUCCAAGGGAAGCCAAAAGGGAACUUCAAACACCGUAAGCGAAACCCAGAGCCUGUAACGGUGUAUGCUGCAGUUACAACCACUCCCACUCCAAUAAAGCCCUACGCUGGAACUCUACCUCGCUGCCCUAAGUGCAAUUAUCAUCAUGUUGGAGACUGCAUGAUCUGUAACAACUGCAAAUGA